CAGGCCCGGCUCCUGGGGUAUAUAAGGACUCCUCACCCACAGCGGACCGGGCACCCAGAGAAGCUGGCACAGCCAACACUGACUCCCCCUAUACCUUGGGUGGUUCCCCAUUGGUCUUGCGGUGGAAAUGGGUCGUGACAACAGCAUCGGGACAGAAGACGUCCACCGUGAAAAACCUCUUCCCAUGAAAAUCCCUUUACUGAAAAAUGCGAACAAUAACAUCUAUAAAAAAUGUGUGAAGGAAACAUCUUCAUGCAAUCCUGAAGAUCAAGGGACAAGAAACAUCAACUUGUCCACCAAGUCCAAGGCUCUAGACUUCCAAAAUGGAAAUAUAUAUGAAUUGCAAAAGAUAAACCAUGGCAACAUACAAAUCUCCAGUAGAACAUCCGACCAGAUGGUCACUGACCAAGAGUCUAGACCCUUAACGAUCACAAGUCAACAGGACAAGAUAUGUACAAAUGUGAGAAGUAGAAAGGAGGUUUUUACAUUUUGGUCAUCAAAGGUCAAGAUUCAAGAAAGACCAAUGGUCAAUACAAGUAAAGAUAACAAAAAUAUUACAUCUAAGGAGCCUUUUCUCAUUACCCCAGCAGACAAGGCCAUGAUAUAUGAGACUCCGCAACCCGCUAAUCCCUUUAGGAGGAAGAGAAGACAAGAACUACUAUCGGCAACAGAUUUUAGCCACAUUGAUGAUUAUGUUCUCUCUGUGAACAGUCAGAUUGAGUCAGGAACUGUGACCGUGAAAGAAAUUGUCCAUAAAGUCACAGCAAGAUCCUCCAAUGACAUUGAGAAAUUACGGGCAAUAUGGAUUUGGAUUUGCCAUAAUAUCAGUUAUGACGUGGAUGGAUUUCUUGGAAGUUCUCAGAAAUUGUACAGAACAGAAGAUGUUCUGGAGAAGAAGAGAGGGGUGUGUGCCGGCUACGCUGGGCUGUGCAAAGAAAUGUGUAGGGAGGCAGGAGUACACUGCAGAGAGGUUUCGGGGUUCAGCCGAGGCGCAGACUCCUGUGACAGCGUGGGUUUCCAUAGGACGAAGUCUAACCAUAUGUGGAACGCGGUGGAGCUGGCUGGACACUGGUACCUCCUGGACGCCUGCUGGGGAGCGGGCACCGUAGACCUUCAAGGCAGAAUAUUUCUACCAAGAUAUGAAGACUUUUUCUUCCUGACCGAUCCCGAGGACUUCAUAGAAACGCAUUGGCCCGAUGACCCGACUUGGCAACUGCUUGAGUCUACGGUUUCGUUUGAAGAUUUCGAGCAGAAAAUCUUCAAGACCUCUGAGUUCUUCAGGCUCCAGCUUUUCAUCAUCAAUCCAAAAGUGUUCCGCCUUACAACAGAAAAUGGUGAAGUCACAAUAUCACUUGGCUGCUCCCACCAAAUGGAAUAUAGUUAUAAGAUUUACAAGAUCUUCAAUAGCAGAACUUUUGUGGAAAAGACCUUCGGGAUACUCACCAUCCAGGAGACCCUCAUGACCCUACGCAUUUUUCCCCCCUGGCAUGGACAGUAUGAGCUCAUGAUAUUUGCGAGACCCGUUGAUGCCGAAUAUCCAUACAAAUGGGUUUGCUCCUAUCAGAUUGACUGCCCUCAGCCGAAAACCUCUCUAAAGCUGCCUGAAAACCCGUAUCACUUCUGGGGGUUGAAUCACAAAGCAAAAGACUUUGGGGUCAUCAGCUACAACCCUGGUGAAGACCUUAUCAUGACGGAGACCAGCUCCCUCAAGGUUACAUUUAAGACAUCCAGAUCCUUGGUGGCAACAUUCCAAUUAGCCCACCCAGAGAUGUUGGAGACUUUCAGUCAAAAAUGUCUAGUUUCUCAGAUAGAGGACAACCAGCUUGGAUGUUAUCUUCUCCUUCCGUUCCAUGGAUACUAUCGAUUGUCUUUAUUUGUUAAAGACCAGAAAACAGAAUUUCAGAAUGCGGCUAAUGUUUUAAUAAAAUGCAAGAACCCAAUAAACCAUAAUGAACUCUUCCCGCCCAACCUCAGUGUUCACUGUGGACCUGGAACCAACUCAAGAAGGCAUGGUCUCACCAACCCCAGCCACACAUCUCCAGUCAUCACGACAACCACUGGUAAAUGUAAUAUCACCUUCCAUACGUUGUGGGACUUGGAGUUAUAUCCAAUUUUGGAAAAUAGUAAAGGAGCUAAUGGCUUGUACUCUCUGGACCGGCAUUGCUUCCUUACCCAUCUGGACCAUAAGAUCAGUUUGACCGUUCAUCUUCCAGAGUCUGGACAUUACAAACUGAGCAUUUUUACCAAACGUCAAGAUGUCGAAGAAGUUCAGGAGUUUUCGCAUGUGUGUGACUAUGUCAUUGACUGCUACUCCAACACAAGCUUACUACCCUUCCCAAAAGUCUUUAGCGCAUGGGGACAUGGUUGCACCUUACUGCAGCCACGAGUCGGACUCCUUCCGGUUGAGAGUUGGGAGAUAUUUAGAGUGAAGAUUCCUGGUGCUUAUAAGGUCCUUGUCAUUGGUCCCAUGAAGACUGAACUUCAGCUUACCAAGAACAAGAUCUGGGAAGGGAAGGUUUUCACAGGCACUGCUGGCUCCAUCAUUAAAAUAGCUGUGAAAGCCACACCAACCUCCACUACAAUGGACAUCGUGAUGUCAUUCAAAACUCAAAAUGACAUGCUGGAUACGUCUUCAGGGUAGCAGUCAUGUAGCGGCCUCCAUAAAAGGUUGCAAAAAGCAAAACCUUAUAACCUACAUGUGAUAUAACGUGUAAAGGUCAUAUAGCAUGUCACCAUACCGUGCCAGAUGAAGUCAUUGAUAGGUAGGUGGAGGCUCCUAAUAUAGCUUUGCAUCUGGAGCCAUUUGAGUUUCUUUUUAGACUGAAUACUAAUCAGCUGAUCACCAUAGGUCCAUGGAGAACCUUCCAUGACAGGCCAGAUCCACCAUGGUGGAAGCUGUUUUUUGUUGGCAGCCUUCUGCCCUGGCCAGGGCUGGAGAGAUAGGACACUAAUAAGUGGACAUCAUAUUUUACCCCUAAGGUAUUGAAAUCAGAAAAUCUCUAGUUUAUUUUUACUUUUUUCAGAACCCCCAAAAUUUUACAGAAGGCCCGGAACCCUCAAAAAAAA